AUGACCAACUUCCCCUCGAUCGGCCUGUUCCCCUCGGGCACGACCUCGCCACACGCGUUCAGCCCCUUCCACCAGCCGCCGCGCGAGAUGUAUACCAUGUACGCCGCACUGGCGACGGGCUCGACGCCGUCGUCCGCGUCCACGGGGCGCUCGCGUUCGUCGUCGUCGCUCACGACCUCCAUGUGGCCCAAACGCUCGAAGAGCGCGAAGGCGUAG